AUGGAUUUGGUCUUUAUCAUUAAGCCCGAACCAACUUUUUCAGGGAUCACAAAUGAUUCAAAGGACCCAUCUAUUGAUACUUUUCGAUCGACUACUUUGCCUAUACUGAAGCAAUUCGGAGUCCCUCCAGAAGGAUUGGAACUGAAAAUUGAGAGUCGGGGAGUUCCUCCUAAAGGUGGUGGAAAAGUAGUUCUUCCUGUCCCUGUGGUUCCAAAUAGUUUAAAGGCUACUAAAUGGGUUGACGAAGCUCUGUUGAAGAGAAUUAGCGGUGUUUCCUUUUCAACUAGAGUCUCUGUUCAGUUUGAGAAUACUGUGAUACAUGCAGCUCGUGGAAUCUUGAAUCCCUUGCUUUCACAUUUUCACAUCUUUACAGAUCAUAAAACUGGAGCACAAGCUGGAAUGUCACCUGGCUAUGGAAUUUCUCUAGUGGUGGAGACUACAUCUGGUUGUGUUAUAUCUGCUGAUACUGCAGUUUCUUAUGCAAAAGGAGAAGAUGAUGCUGACCUAGAGGAUGAUAGGAAAGAUCUGAUCCCUGCUGAGGAAGUUGGCAAGCAAAUUGCUUCUGCACUACUUGCGGAAAUAAAACAGGGGGGAGUAGUUGAUUCAACACAUCAGGGACUGCUGUUUCUUCUAUGUGCCUUGUGUCCGAAAGAUGUUUUAGAAGUUCGAGUUGGGAAGCUGUCACCCUAUGGAAUAGAAGCAUUAAGGCACAUCAGAGACUUUUUAGGUGUUAAAUUUUUCAUGAACCCUGAUGCCUCCACAGGAACUGUCAAUCUCAUGUGUCUUGGCUCUGGAUUUCAGAAUUUAUCCAGGAAAGUAUCAUAAUGAUAAAGAAGUGGGCAUCAGGUGCUUGUUGUCAAAACAAAACAAAAAAAAUGAGCAUCGGGUGGUGAUUUCAUAUAGAGAAACAUGUGACUUUCUGGCUUGACAUUCAUCAAUAGGUGUGGUUUAGAGUGAAAUCUAAGCACAAAGUGUCACAGGCUGGAGAAUAUUUAAUGGAAGAGUGGGAAUCCAUUUUAAUAACCCAUUAUAUUAGGAAAGCUUUAUAUCAGCUUUUGAUGUGUUCGCUAGUUGUAAUAAGAGUGUGUUGUGGGAAGAAAACAUAGAAUCCCAUGGGCUCAUCUCCCUUUGGGGUUGAAGUUUUUGGUAGUACAAGGAACUAAUUCCUUUGAUUGAAAACUUGAACUAACUAUUACAAUGGAAGCUUGCACGAUUAAACCAAAGCAGUAGAAAUAUAACAGUGAAAUACUAACAGAGGAUAACAGAGAGAU